AUGGGCCAAGGGUAUUCCAUGACCACGCUGUCCGCGGCCUCGGCUAGCAUCGAUGUCCCUGAACUGGCCGACUUGGUGCACGAGAAGACGCUGGCGUCUGCCCGUUUCAUGAAAAGCGUCCGGGCUCGCAGUCAGCAUGGCUAUGUAUUUGUCAAGGCGGUCAUGAAACCCUACUCGUCCUUUCGGGUCCACGAAUAUGUUCGCCAGAUCACUGAGGAGAGGAACAUCCUCGCUGAGAUUCCGAAUGCAUUGGCCUACCAGCGAAUUGUCGAAGUCCCGAGUGGAGGCUUCCUCGUCCGCCAGUACAUGUUUAGCUCGGUAUACGACCGAAUGAGCACCAGACCUUUCUUGGAGGACAUCGAAAAGAAAUGGUUGGCCUUUCAGCUUCUGUGCGCCGUGCGCGACUGCCAAGCUCGCAAUGUCUACCAUGGCGACAUCAAGACGGAAAACUUGCUCGUCACCUCCUGGAACUGGCUCUAUCUGACUGACUUCUCCUCCUCCUUCAAGCCUACAAACUUACCAGAAGACAACCCGGCCGACUUCUCCUUCUACUUUGAUACGUCGGGUCGACGGACGUGUUAUAUCGCUCCCGAGCGAUUUACAUCGACCGAGAUGCCGGAUGAACAGGGAGAAUUGAACUGGGCCAUGGACAUCUUCAGUGUCGGCUGUGUCAUCGCCGAGAUAUUCCUCGAGGGUCCGAUCUUCUCCUUGAGUCAACUGUUCAAAUACCGUGCCGGAGACUACAAUCCCGAGCAUACUCAUCUCAGCAAGAUCGAGGAUCCCGAAGUGCGAGGGAUGAUCCUCAAUAUGAUCGCACUGGAUCCCGAAAAGCGGUACAGUGCAGAGCAACACCUGUCCUUCUACCGCUCAAAGAUCUUUCCCGAGUACUUUUACAGCUUUCUGCAUCAGUACAUGCUCGACCUCACGCGGUCGGCGACAGCCUUGAAACCUGUGGAGCUGACUCUUGAUAGCCUCAGCGAGUUCGAUGAGAAGAUUGAACGAGUCUACUAUGAUUCCGACAAGGUCUCCUUCUUUCUCGGCUAUGGGCCAAGCAACUCUAAGUCAUCGUCCAAAUCCCCUUUGACUAUGAGGGCGAACAACAAGGCGAAAACUACAGACGCCGACCCCAGCCUCUACGACGGAAGCUUGUUGUUUCUCACGCUUGUGGUUGCAAGCCUGAGAAACACUGCAAAGGCGUCGGCACGACUCAAAGCAUGCGAUCUGUUGGUUGCUUUUGCUGAACGUCUCCCAGAUGAAGCCAAGCUGGACCGGAUACUGCCUUAUAUUGUUGGGUUGCUGAGUGACCCGUCGGACGUGGUUCGCGCGGCGGCAAUCUAUGGCAUGACCUCGGUCUUUGAGAUGAUUGAAGUCGUCUCGCCGAUCAAUGCAUACAUCUUUCCUGAAUACAUCCUGCCGAGGUUGAAAAAUCUGGCCGCUGGUCAUUCCGGUGAACCAAGUAUCUUGGUACGGUCAGCAUAUGCAUCGUGCCUGGCUUCCCUGGCAUUGUCGGCCGAACGGGUCCUUGACAUGGUUCACGCUAUCCGUGCUGAUGGGCGGCUUCCUUCCCUACGAGAAGAUGAGCUGCCUCCCCAACAAUCCUAUCAGGCUCUUUACGACUACAGCAGACGCGAGUUCCUUCCACAUUUCGAGGAUUCAACGGUCGCUUUAAUUACAGACCCUGAACCUUCGGUAAGGCGAGCCUUACUCGGAUCGAUAUCUCGCCUAUGCGUCUUUUUCGGUAGCCAACAAACCAGCGACGUCAUUUUAACGCAUCUUAACACCUAUCUCAACGACAAGGACUGGAUUUUGAGAUGUUCUUUCUUCGAGGCGCUCGUAGGGAUUGCCUCCUAUGUAGGAGCUACGAGCCUGGAGAAAUUCAUCUUGCCUGUGAUGGUUGGGUCUUUGACUGACCCAGAGAGUUUUGUGGUUGAGAAGGUCUUUCGAUCGCUGGCUCGGAUGGCUGCGUUGGGCCUUUUGCAGAAGAGCACGACCUGGGAACUGGUCAGCAUCGCUGCCAGGUUUUCGAUCCACCCAAGCAUCUGGGUACGGGAAAGCGCUGUCCAAUUCAUUGUGCUCUCGGCCAAGUAUAUCUCUGCGGCUGAUCGGUACUGCAUCAUCCUGCCUAUUCUACAGCCAUUUUUGAAAGGACCAAUACCUGCCCUGACAGAAGAGCGCGUCUUGGACAACUUGAAGCGACCUCUGCCCAAGAUCGUGUUUGACUCGGCCAUUAACUGGGCGGCGAGGAAAGCAACCAGCCUGUUCUGGACGGCGGCAAGUCGCGACGCUGCACUGACAUUAUCCGAUCCUACGACGCCGCAAAACCCAUCAGCACUUACGAAGCGACUGUUGACCAGGAUACCGCCGUCCCAGAAAGACAAGGACGAUCAGAUUUCUCUGGAAAGUCUUCGAAAUCUUGGUAUGACAGCCGACGACGAAAUCAAACUCCUAGCACUGCGUGAGUAUUUACUCAAAGUCUCCAGGCAUAAGCUCCCAGAAGAUGCCGAUCAGCGACAUCGCAUGCUUAACAAUAUCAUCGCCCUCAAUCAAAUUGAGGUCACUCCGCAGAACGUCUUCUUCGACUCGCGCCAGCCACUCAGAGAGAGCACAGGUGGACCCAGGCAGACUCAGCAGAUGUCACGCCGGGAUGAGCGACACAGUCUUGCCGACGCCCUUCUCGACGCCUCGACGACCAUAGAUGAUCAUAGGUUGCGACGAAUAUCGCCUACGCAACAGUCCAGUGGCACAGCUACGCCGUCUACACAACCGAUGGAUAUCCAAAGUCAAAGGCCGUCAGGUGCCCGCGCCACUGCAGGCCCUGCGAUAGCGAUUGAAUCUGCAAGUGUAUCUUCCAGACCAAGCGUUUCCAGUGGGACACCGUUGAACGGAGACAAACUGUCCUUGCGCCGCAACACACCUCUGGAACUCAGGCAUCGAAACAGCGGCUUGAACCUGAUGAAUCGCGCCGAUUCAGCCAAAGCGGAGGCGGAAAUAUCCACCCUCCCAGAGAAUGCGUUUGGUAGAGUCGAGGUAGAUGGGGCGUUGCACCGUCGCAGCACGGCAGGCCCAUCAGCUUUGUCUGUGACGGCUACCGCAGCUGCAAAACCAAGAUCGGUGUCGCCUCGGCCGCAGAGCGGUGCUCGAACGCCCCUUUACGAACCCAAUCAUUCAUACCAGGGCAGUGACGCAAACGUCCUCCGUCUUUUGGACAAUCACUUCCUGGAGAACUUCCCCAUCGACCAAAUGGACUUUGGCGGCAAUCGCCCCUUCGCAGAGACCAGAACGCCAAUAAGGAGAGUUACAGACAAGUUCGGGACAGAACCAUGGAGACCUUCAGGACAGCUGCUAACCCAAUUUUCAGAACAUACGGCUGCCAUCAACAGGGUGUGUGCUGCGCCAGAUCAUGCGUUCUUCGUAACAGCGUCCGAUGAUGGAACGUGCAAGAUCUGGGACACCAUUAGACUGGAGAAGAACGUCACCUCACGGUCGCGGUAUACCCACCGCCGUGCGGAGGGGGUAAAGGCCAAGAGUCUCUGCUUUGUAGAAGGAACUCAUACAUUCCUCAGUGGUGCAGACGAUGGCAGUAUUCACGCUGUGAGAGUCGACUAUCGAAGCGUCGAGGGUGGGGAGACUUCUCGAUACGGGAAGCCAAGUCUCGUUCGAGACUACACGAUCCCUGACAAUCAUGCCGCGGACAGCAGCCACGAGUCAAUACGAGAGUAUGCUGCGUGGCUUUACCACUACCGAACAGCAAGCUCGCAGUCCAUCCUGCUCUCUGCCACCAGUAAAGGACGUAUCCUGGCGAUCGAUCUGAAGAACAUGGAAAUCAUCCACAGCAUGAACAAUCCAGUCCAUCACGGCACCCCAACCACGUUCUGCGUCGACCGGAAGCACCACUGGUUGCUUCUGGGAACGAACCAGGGCAUCCUGAAUCUUUGGGACUUGAGGUUCAAGCUGCACCUGCGCAGUUUCGGCAUUCAAACAGACUCAAGAAUCGAUCGGAUCCUGAUCCAUCCAACCAAGGGUCAUGGGAGAUGGGUCAUGGUCAGUGCUGGCGGAGAAAUCAGCGUCUGGGAUGUCGAGAAGAUGGUCUGUCGGGAGGUGAUGCGGCCCAGUACCAUCAGUCCGAACAGUAAGAAAUCUGGCUCGUACGAAGCAUGGUCGCCGGACGAAGAGAACAGUGAGAGGAUUCUGGCUCGCUUCGCCAGGCAAGUUUCAGACGACAAGGACACCACUCUGACCGAACCACAACUGCACGACUUUGGCCACGCAGCUGAUGGCUCGCCGACGAAGAAAAAGGCCCCUGCGCCACCGUCGGCAUCACUGCCCAUUCUCGCCAUGUCUAUUGCGACAGACUACACGGCGAGCUCUCACGCCGACAGCCCGAACAAGCACGCCAUUCUGUUUACCGGUGGUGCAGAUCGUGCUCUUCGAUAUUGGGACAUUGGUCGACCCGAGAACAGCUUCAUCGUCUCCGGACCGCAACUGCACGACUCUGAGGAUGCCGCGGCCAAAUACAAGUACGAAGUCUCCCACCCACUGAGCCUCAGCGCGGGCGCACAAAUCACGCUUGUUCAGGAGAAACUCCACGUUGCCGGCGAAGCACCCAGCAGGACGCCCAAGCGAAGAGCAGAUACUCCGGCCCCGACGUCUGGUGGGACGCCGAACUCUCAUGCCCCGUCGAAUGCCACCGCAAACGCCACUGCAAACGCAAGUGGCUCCUCCACACCGUCGACUCCGCAGGCAAUGAAGCCGCCGAGGAAUACCAUAAUCAGUGCCGCGCAGCAGCAGUUGCUCCGGACGCAUUUGGCUACCAUCACCGACGUGGUCAUGUUGAGGAAGCCAUACGGAUGUGUCGUCAGUGUAGACCAGGGUGGGAACGUAUAUGUCUUUCAUUGA